CAGAUCUGUAGCUAACUAGCUAGGCAAACAACCAGAAAAUGGCAACACCACCGAGCAUUCCAGGCGAACCCACCCAGACAGGCACGGCUUUGACAGACACGGCAGCGAGCACCAUUCAAUCCUUCGCUCCCAUCAACAAAAUCCAUCAACACCUCUGCGCGUUCCAUUUCUACGGCCACGAUAUGACGCGACAAGUAGAGGCGCAUCAUUUCUGCUCGCACCAGAACGAGGACGUGAGGCAAUGCCUGAUCUACGAUAGCCCAGAAUCAAACGCACGGCUGAUCGGUGUAGAGUAUCUCAUAACGGAGAAUCUUUUCCUGACUCUGCCCGACGCCGAGAAACCGCUUUGGCACUCCCACGAGUAUGAAGUGAAGAGUGGGAUGUUAUUCCUGCCUGGGGUGCCCGGACCCGUGCAGAGGCAGGAUCUUGAUAAGGUGUGUAAGACCUACGGUAAAACCUUCCACUUCUGGCAGAUCGACAGAGGAGAUGAGCUCCCCCUCGGCUUGCCUCAACUCAUGAUGGCAUUCACUAGGGAUGGUCAGCUCAAUACCACCCUCGCCCAAGAUGUAGAGAAGAGAUUCAGUGUAAGCUUUGAGGAGGAAAGGAUGAAUAGGGCAUACAUGACAGGGCCAGAGCAUGGAAUACAUCCGUUGGCAAAUGGAGGGGGAAAGGGGCUGAAGACAGAGCUUAGAGACACAGAUUACAAGCCAGUGGAUUCUGUUCCUAGGAUUUUUGUCUAA